CACUCCAGCAGGCCCAGAAAGGAAAUCUUCGGGUCGUGAGAGGAUCUUUUUACAAACCCCCUGUCUUUCGCCCCUGAUCCCGCAUCCGGCAUCUCCCACUUCUCCUCCGGCAUCUGCUGCGACCCCGCGGCUGCCUACAUCGUCUCAGGCGAGCUCCCCUGCCCCGCCAAGCAAGGAUGACUACUUCAAGGCGUCUUGCUGACAGGAAGAGUGCGAAGUUUCAGAAGAACAUCACAAAGAGGGGCUCAGUGCCUGAAACUACUGUGAAGAAGGGGAAUGACUAUCCUGUUGGACCUAUCGUGCUUGGAUUCUUCAUCUUUGUGGUCAUAGGAUCAUCCUUGUUUCAGAUUAUCAGGACAGCUACUAGUGGUGGGAUGGCUUAAUAUCGAGCUAAAAACAAGACUAUCAUUAUCAGAGAUUUAUUAUCCAUGUGAUUGGGAGGCAAUAUCAUAUCUGUACCCUGUAUCAAACUUCGACCCUGAUGAUGUUAUGUAGAGAUUUAAAUCUUGUUCAGUCA